AAAUUCAAAGCUCAAGUUAUCAGCUUCCUUUGGAACAACACACAGAACAAGGAUGCUAUUGUAGCUGUUUCGGCCUAUAAAUCACUCUCGUCAUUUGGCUCUGAAGAGCAUACAAUUCUUCAUCUUCCUGAACAGGCACAACCAGAAGUUGACUCACUGGAACAGGCAGACAUGAAUGAAGAUGAAGAAGAGGAAAAGGAGGCAAAUCUUUUUGUUCCAGGUUCUUCAUAUAUCAAGCUGUUGUCUCUAACGCCAUCUUCUGUUUUAGGAGCAUUUGAAGAGUUUGCUGCAUCACUUGUGAAACAGGAGAUGACCAACAUGCCCCGUGGUGUGUAUCAUUCUGCCUUGAGAGGAGGGAUCACACGCUCAGACCAGGGGAAGACCGUGGCAGGUGUUCCAAACUUCUUGCUGAAAAUGUACGAGAGGAACAAACAACCAGGCAUGACGCCAGGCCUUGCAGCUGGUAUGUUGUUGUGCUAUGACCUUCCAGUCCAUAUGGGCAAAGAUGGCAAGCCUAUUAAUCGAUUUCUGGCCAGCAGGGGACGCAAUUUCCAGCAAAUGUUGGUAGCCCUCAUUCACGAGGUUAACAUUCAGCCUUCCGAAUGGCACCGCUCCAUGGUGCUGCCACAGUCCUGGUUAGGAUUUAUGAGUCGAACCUACAAUGCAAUCUUACAGGGGAGGCAGGCGGAGCUGGAGAUGCAGUUAAAACAUGGAAAAGAGGAUCCUGAAGAGGUGCAGUACAAACAAUUUACAGCCUGGCUGUGGGUCAGAGAUAUGUUGACCGAUGUCAUCAAAGGUGCCUCCAAAGACAGCCCAGUGGUGAAGGGAAACUCUAUUUUUGCCUUAACUGGUCUUGCAGUUGCUGUAGCCAAAUACGAAAGCAGCCUUUCCUCAGACACUGAAGGGAUGCCUGAGACUGAACCUGAUUUUCUUCCCACAAAACACUGGAUUUCAAUGGUCACAGAGACCCUCUUUAGUAUUGUGAAUAGCCGUUAUCACCCUAAAGGUCAAGUCUUCCCAUGGUUCUACCAGAAAUCCUAUUCAGGUGAAAACACUGCUAGUAUUAUAGCUCGUUCCUGUGCGGCCACUGCUUUGUCUCUUCUGGUGCCAGUGUUCAUUGUAUCAUGCAAGGAGAAGAUUGAGGAGGUCCUGAAUAUGCUGACUGACAGGUUACCUGGGAAACCAAAUGCUGAUGAGUCUCAAGCUGUUCAAAUCCACAUGGGCCUUGGCUUGGGGAUGUUUAUCUCACAUUUGUAUGAAGAAAAAGUCAGUGAUGUACCGGGGCAACAGAUGAACUUAGUUCUAAUGAAGUCCUUGGAUGUGCUGGAAGCCUGCUGCUUUGACACCAGUCUGGAGUACAACACUGGAUGUAUUUUGGGAGUAGGACUUGUUCUUUCACUUAUGAGUCACAGUAGCCAAACAGAAUCACGAGUUCAUGUGUCCGUUUCAUUGCGAAAGCUCUGCAAAUACCUGGACAGCAGUGAGGACCAAAGCAGAUGGGUCCAGGAGGUACUUGCCUAUUCUGUAGCCUGUUCCUGUGUCUCUGCUUUCAGUGUUGGAAUCAUAGAAGCAGCUGAGGCUGAGGAGGCCAUGAACAAGCUACGGGCAUUAGUGGAAAAUAAUCAGCAGACCCAUGGUUUUGCUUUAGCUCUAGGUGCAAUAGUACAUGGAUUGUCAGCUUGUGGACAUGGAAAAGCUGAAGACCUAAGUAACAAACUUAUGUCAGCCUGGAUGAAAAUUGUUCUUGCAGAGGGUUCUCCAACAAUGCAUCGUCUGGCUGCUCUGAAUGGGCUGGUUGCGCUGGUGGGCUCUGAAGCAGGCAUGAUACAGCUGAAAACUGAGAUCAUUCAGUCCUCCCAGUUUCAAAGUAAGCUGAAUGAAGUCAUCAGAACCCUUACACAGAUAAUCAGUUUCUCUGGGCAGAUUGGCCUUCAGACAAAUGCAGCAGGACUUCUGGGAUGCCUUCAUAUGUCCUGUUUGUCUUCUACCCAGAACAGGGCAUCUGUUCCUCCAGAUUUUAGCUACUUGCCUGAAAGCAGCUUUAUCAGGGCAGCCAUUGAUUUUGCUGUUGAAAGUGGAAAGAAAGGCCCUGAAUCUGUCCCAGCUGAGCUCAUGAAAGUAGCACUGGGACCCAUUGCAUUAGUUGGAGAAAGCCAUCAGUAUCCACCUGUAAACUGGGCAUCCAUUCUUUCUCCUUUGAUGAGGCUAAACUUUGGUGAUGAGGUAAAACAUCUCUGCCUUCAACUGGCUGUGACGCAGGCUCAGUCAUCUCAAAAUGCAGCAAUGCUUUUGGGGAUGUGGGUGGCUCCUCCCCUUGUCUACAGUCUCAGUGUGAAAACCCAGAAAUACCUUUGCAUGUCCCUGCCCUUGUGGAUGAAACAUGUUGCAGAAGACAAGCUACAGUCUUUUACAGAAGUGUUCCUGAUACAACAAUUUGAAGUGAAGAACUGCACAAAAACCCCAGAAAUUUGCCAGUCUGUUUUACAGGGGCUCAUGCAGGCAAUGAAACUUCCAGACCCUGCCCAGUACUGCUGGAGCUUUCUCUGCCAGGCUGUGGAGAAAAUAUUUGAGCUUCUACCAAAUGAGAUUCAGAGAUGCAAACUGGAGACAUACAUUGAUGUAGCAAAAUGUAUCUCAGAAAUAGCCGAUUCAGAGAUUGAUCGCAUUAUCCAGAUCCCUAAGAACAAUAUAGAGAAGGCCACAUUCAUGAAAGUGUAUUUAAUUUCUCAAGGCAGACUGCCUCUGAUGAACUUGAGUGCUGUGAUUGAUACUGUGGCAGGAUAUCACCAGAAAGAAGAUAUCUUAUGGAUGCUCUUGCAUAGUUUCUAUCAUGCUCGUAUUGUGAGCCAUGAAAACACAGGAGUGCUGAAAAGAAUGGACUGGCUGCUAGACCUGAUGGGCUACAUCAGAAAUUUAGCAUACAAGUCAACAGCCUUACAAAAUGUCGAUCUUAAAGAGUACAUAGAUUUCCUCCUGUGGCUGUUUGCAGCUUCUGUGGUGGCCUGGGCUGACCAUGGUGCACCAUUACUGCUUGGCCUCAGUGCUAACUGGUCACCACCAAAGCACCAAACGGUACUACUGGAACUGUCUGAGGAUCGCAUUGGCAAGCACCCCACUGACAAACUUGCUGUGCAAGAGACUCUCACUGUCCUUCCAAGCAGCAUUUUCCUUUUGCUGGCUAAAGACCCUUGGAAAGAACAAACACAGAAGUUUAUUGACUGGCUGAUCAAUAUGAUGGAAAGUCCUAAGGAAGCAUUAUCAAAAUCUUCCAUGGACCUGCUGAAAGUUACACUUCUGGCCUUGAGAUCUCUUGCACAGUUCAAGAAGAAAGCAGUGUGGACUAAAGCUUAUGGGUGGUAG